CUCGAAUCAACCACACCAUGUGCGGCGGUCGCACUACGUCGCCGCGAUGCAUGCCGAACGUACUUGGGAAUGGCACCUUCCGACGAGUUCUACUGAACCUUGACGGCACAACUCUGCAUCACAUCGUAGCGCAUGUAUGUCAAGCGUGGCGAUUCGCUGCCAUGGCCGAUGACAUCUGGACGUCCCUAUUGUUGCGUGACUUUCCAUCGUCGAUUCUCCAGCCGCUCCCUCAUGCCAAGUGGAUUUACGUGUACCUGGCGGAACAGUCAAGGCGGUCGGUCCUCUCGACCCCUGUUCAGGUGCUGCCAUGUGGUGCAAGACUCCAUGUGACGCUGGAUGGACAAGGCUUUCAUAUCCUGCUCGGCGCGAGUGGCCCCAUUGAGCUGUUUGGUCGCGCGCGUUCCAGGAAGAGCAGCCGCGACGCGUGGAAGACCAUCGACUUGAGUCUUUCCAGCACCCACGUGGCAAUCGUGCCAUCAUCUGCACACAGCAACUUCGCGACAACGCAAGCGAGCUUUCACCUCCCAACUACGGAUAUCAAACAAACGAAAGCACACUUGCACUUCGAGACGACGACCGUAGCCAACGGCUCGCGACGUCCACCCACCAUCGUCGUGUUUGACUCGGAAGAGGUUGCGUCCGCGUGGUGUGCUGCCAUUCUCCACAACAUCCGCGAUUUCCAGAGCAAGUACCGGAAGAUCGUGGCCCCGUCGUCGUCUACGACCGCGUCGCCUCGAAGUGGUCGAAAGUUUGCUCUCCCUCGGGACUCGCGCCACCACUUGCGCAAAUUUCACGCGUUUCGGCUCACGCAGGCCAUCCAAGCGGUUUCCAAACCCUGCGAACGGCGAUCGAUAUCGAGCAGUGUCCUCAAUGCCCUCCACGGGAAACCUCACGGCUCGCACGACGCUGACAGCUACAACGACCAUCACCUUGACCCGGCAUGGAUCGCCCACCUGACGUCCCCACGGUGCGCAGGUGGAUGUGGAAGCGCAGUCGACGGAAACCUUUGGACGUGUUGUCCGAAAUGCGAACGCCACGCUGCCUUGGUGGCCACCCGAAGUGGCGACACCCUUCUCCGGCGUGAACGAGCCGCAUUUCACUUGGUGCCACAACCUUCCAUCGUUGUCAUGGCCCUACUGCACAAUCCAGAUACAUUUGAGGGCCAUGCGAUCGGUCAGUUCGUCGGGAGAUUCAAAAAAGUUACGACAGCAUUAUCGAGUCAAGCAGCCCACGGCAACUUGUGCGCGACGCGAGACGUCAUUGCAAACCUGACGCAGUACAUGGUUGCUUUUCGACAGCCCGAGCUUGCAUCUUGCGGCGUGUCUGCUGACGAAAUCGCCGCCGCAGUGUACCUCGCUAUCGAGCGCACUGUGUGUCUGCAAAUGCAAACGUGGCUUGAAGCAUGGGUGCAGAUUUCCGUCGCCGAUCGAGACCAAGACAUGCUGUGCAAGAUGUUGGCGGCGUGGGCCAAAGUGCCGCCGACAGCCGCACAGUUUGGCCUGGCCAACGACUUUGUGCUGGUCAAGUGGGACGCUGCCGUGCAAUCCCUCCGAGACAUGGACAACGAAGUUCUGCCGUCUGGGAAACUGCGGCAUCUCCUGCAUGCAGCCAAAGAAAUCUUCGACCUGCAUGCGCAUAGCGGCCUGGGCGACGCCGCAACCCGUGCUCUGUCGGCAGACGACUUUCUCCCCGUGUUUAUCUUUUGCGUGUGCCAGGCGUCGCUUCGCACGCCGUUGGCCACGAUCGAGUACUUGUGGUGCCUGUGCAACGACGAGUCGCUGAAAGGAGAAGCCGGGUACUACUUGACUAUGCUCGAGGCGUCCCUCGAGUACGUGCGGACGUACGAACCACGGCUUGCUUAAUAGCAUCCACCUUUGGGAUUGGAUAUGCUUGCCUAAUUAAAAUUUUGCCUUGCGAAGCUUGCCUUGCCUGGCUGUCUUAGACUGGACUUUGGCUGGCGCUUUCUGCUCGUUCGUGAGUCGCAGCGGUUCAAUCAUCUUGCCGGCACGCGUCAUGACCUCUGGAACUGUCAGCGCGUUGGACGCACGCGCGGUGUUCCAGUCGCUUCCCAGGGGAUUCCGCAUCGCGAGCUCGUACUGCUCGCGCGACGUGAACGGAUACGGGACGGUCGACACCAUGAACUUGGCGGCCUUCUUGUCCUUCUUUUCGUUGAUCAGGACAGUCUCCAUCUUGCUAUCCUUCCGCUUGGCCAACGCGGCCUCGGUUGCUUCAACCACCUUACGCUGCGCCAAGGCCAAUCGUGCGUUCUGGCGCUUGGAUGGUUUGAUACCUUGCCCAGCCCAGCUGCCCCAGCCUUCCAUGCCUGUCAGCCGCGCGACCUCGGCACCGACUUUUACGUCAGCAUCGCGUGCGGCCAGAAGAUCCUUCUCCUUUUGAAUCUCGUUUUCUGUAUCUUCGGCAAAAGCAAACGCCUUGCGCACGAGCUCUUCUUGCGCCGAAGGAGGUUUGGCCGCCGUUUUGGCUUUCUUGUUUGAGGGGGUGUCUUCGGAACUGGUCUCGGGCGCUGCUGGGCUGUCACCCGACGCCUCUUUCCGCUUCUUGUUCAAUGCGUUCAACGGUAACAUUGGACUUGCCUCUGUCGCUGAGGAAGACUCGGCGGCAAGCGACGCCAUGGCUGUCGCCACGGACGUUGCGGCUUCGGUUUUGCUUUUCCCAUGGCGUUUGCGGCGCUUCUUGCCGACUUUCGAUCCACUCAACCACGGGUUCUCCUCUGGCACAGCCGACGCCACGACCGACUCGUCGUCGUUGUCGAUGGCGGCUUCCACGACACCGACAGGAGUUGAUUCGUCGUCGUCAAAGUUGACCUUGAUCGCCGAUGAGACGCGGGUUUUGUGCGAUUUAUCCAUCAUGACGGAUUUCAUCUGUUGCGUGCCUUGUACCAUAUCCUUUUCGACGCUCUUGUGAUCGGCAGGCGUUGCUUUGACCUUCUUCUUGGGAGGGGGCUUGGCCACCACGGCUGUUUCAUCGUCCGUGUUGUCCGCGCCGCCGUCUCCGCGAAGUUCCUUCAACAGCGCUUCCGCUUCCUCGAGUGCCCUCUCUCGUUGUUUUUCUACCGCCUUCUGCAUGAACUUCAUGCCUUGCAACCCCUUGGCUUUUUCCGUCGACUGCGAGUCCGCUUCGAUAUCCAUCACGAGCGUUGCUGCUUUCUUCUGGAGCCGAUGCUGGAGCUUCUCGGUUUCCGUCAUACCGUCGAGCGACGCAUGGUCAUCGUCAUCGUCGCUCUCGUCGUCGUCGCUGUCAGGGUUAACCGACUGCAUUUUCUUCCGAAGGUCGUCGCCGCGCCGCAGCUGGUCGGCAAUUGCAGAUCGCGUGCCUUGAUCUGCGUUGAUGCCUCUGGCGAGCUGGUGCUUGACCCACUUGGAUGUGUUUGUGUGCUUGAGGGUCAUGCGCUCUUCCGCGCGCUUCUCGGCAUCCUCAGCGUCCAUUUGGGCGGCGAACUCGGGGUCCAAUUCCCGCAAUGCCAUUCGUUCCUUCCGAUCUUCCUGCUUGUUGCGGAUCUUGUGGUAGAGCUUGCUCUUGAUUUUUUUGAUUCGCUUGUUUUUUUGCUCUUGAUAGAACAUCAUGGCGCGCAUCUUGGCGAGUUCGCCCUGGCGCGCGCGAACCUCAUCUACCGAGAUUUCGUUAGCGGCCAACUCGGCCGCCUCCUCUUUCAAGAUCGACUUGUCGCUCCACCCGCUCGCUUCCAAAAGCGCCGCCACAUCGUUCUCCAUCGGCUUCUCCGGUACAAACUUGGAUGUGAGCGACGCGACCGUGAUGUUUUCAACGCGCUGGUUGCCCUGCGUGCGAAAGUCGAGGGUUUCCUUUUCCCGAUUUGCCUUUAUCACGGGCUGGAACACGUCCAUCUGUUUCUUCUUGUCCGCGUACGCCACUUUCCGCGACGCACGGGCCUCUACGACGGGCGCGACUGGGGCUUGCAACCUGCUGUCGUCUUUUUCGAGACUCGCGAGCUGCUUCUUCAACGACACAAACGUGCCGGAUCUCUGCGCACCUUCGUCGUUCGCAGCCCCUUCGUCGUCAUCGCCGGGCAAACCCGCCAUGGAUGCGCCAAGAAGUCCCUCCAACGUUAAUGCAGAUCCACCCAACUUCUUGCUAAACGCAGACGGCGCAACGUCCUCGGUAGCUUCGGCGUGGGUGACUUUGCGCUUGGGUCCCUUGGCCAAGCUGUGCACCAUAUUCAAGAGCGACGCAUGCUUCUCGUCAUCUUCAUCAUCAUCGUCGUCGUCAUCG